UUCCUAUGGUGUCUGUUUAACCCAACUUUCUCUCUCUCUCUACCCCUCUCUCCCUCCACCCUCCUCUUCUUACUUCUUCUUCCUCUUCUUCUCUUAUCCUCACACAGUCGCUCUAAAGCUCUCUCCUUUCUUAGAAAAUGUCCUCUGCAACUGCACCUGUCUUCAAACCCUUGUCCAUCACCGACUCAUGCCCACCUUCUCUCUUCGUCUCCUCUUCGUCUGAGUCCUCUCAUCCGUAUCUCCCAAUACCCCUCAGACCCAUCAAGAUACACCUCUCUUGCUCUUCUUCAUCUUUUUCUCAGUUCACACUCGCCUCUCAUCCUCUGAGGAAGACCCAUCUUCCCAGUUUCGUCGCUUUCGUUGCCGAGACCUCGGGUUGGGCCCAACAAGAUGAGGACAACACGGUCACCACCACCCUUGAUCAAGAGCAAGAACAAGAAGAGGGCGGGGAACCCGGGUGGGAGAAUCAAGAGACCGAAGCUAGGGUCUCGGACUGGGAAGGCGGGGGCGAGAUCAGUGAGGGUGGGGAUUUUGUGGAGGGAGAAGGAGGUGGAGUAGAAGAAGCAGGAGCAGAAGAAGAAGAAGAAGGAGAAGGAGAAACUUUUGUGGAACCGCCUGAAGAGGCGAAACUCUUUGUUGGGAAUUUGCCUUACGACGUUGACAGUCAGAAAUUGGCCAUGCUCUUUGAGCAGGCUGGGACUGUGGAGAUAGCAGAGGUUAUCUAUAACAGAGAUACCGAUCAAAGUCGUGGAUUUGGUUUCGUGACCAUGAGCACGGUCGAGGAGGCCGAAAAGGCUGUUGAUUUGUUCCACCGAUAUGACAUGGGCGGAAGAUUAUUGACUGUGAACAAGGCUGCUCCAAGAGGAUCGCGGCCAGAGAGACCCCUCCGCACGGUUGAGGCUUCUUUCAGAAUCUAUGUUGGCAACCUGCCUUGGGAUGUGGAUAAUGGCCGCUUGGAGCAGCUUUUCAGUGAGCAUGGGAAAGUGGUCAAUGCCCGGGUGGUGUAUGACAGGGAGAGUGGCCGUUCACGAGGUUUCGGUUUCGUGACAAUGGCAACGGAGACUGAAAUGAAUGACGCCAUUGCUGCGCUUGAUGGACAGAGCUUGGAUGGAAGGGCAAUCAGGGUGAACAUGGCCGAGGAAAGAUCGAGACGCAGCACCUUUUAAGUUAAAUUUUGAUAAUCUGGAUUUGAUCACUUUAGGUUUAUUCAUUAUGGUCAUUCAUAAGUUUAUGCGUGUUCCUGUGAUCCUAGUGUAAACUUUUCCUACAUGACCCACAAAUUCUUUUCCUACCGAGGUUCUUUUUCUCUCUUGUUUUGGUAAAGCUGCUUAGACGUGCUGCUACAGUGAGAAGAACUCUAUUUACUCACAGCAUGGAUAGAUGAAAGGCAAAGAUGCAAAUUACUAUUGCA